AUGGUAAAAGGCACAACAUCCAUGGGGGCUUUUACCAAAAAAAAGGUCCAUAUACGGUGCAGGAGAUGCGGAAACAACUCAUUUCACAAGCGUCAUCAACGAUGCGCGAGCUGCGGUUCUCCAGACUCCAAAAUGCGUAAAUACUCUUGGAUCAAAUGGUACACGUAA